GAGAUCUGGUGGGUUCAAGAACAUGACGGCCCUGGUGUCCAACAUCAUCGCCCAGUUUCAGGAGACGCCAGAAAGGACCGUUGACGGUCUAGCUAAAGUGAUAGCUGCCGAGUGCUCGCGAAUCUACUUUGAUACAAUGAGCAACAGGGACGAAUCACUCCAAUUCUCGGAAAUUUAUACCACCUCCAUGGGUGGGAUCGUGAGUAAUCCAUGCGCCCCAGCUUAGUAUUUUGCGAUGGGCCGUGAUAAUUCGGUUCUAACUGACUGCCAUGUUCUCAGACCGAGAGAGAGAUUGGUCGCUUUAGGGCUUUUCAGCACUACAUCAACCCAGCUAGUGCGGCGUUGGCUAGGCCGGUCUCCCACCAAGAUCAGGAGACGCCGAAAAAUCCGGAGUUAGAGUGCUUGCUGGAAAUUGCAAACGACAUCAAGGACCUCCGAGAAAUCAAAGACAUCCGUGACGAGCUCAACAUCAUGUCAUCGGUCUUCCAUACCCAGAAUGAGGUCAUGAAGGCCAUGGAACACAUGCUGCGGGAGCAAAAGGACAAGCGAAACGACACGACAGGGCGGCCGAGGCGGAUGAAUUCGGACUUGCUCCACAGAGCGGCCACUUUAAAUGGCAAUUCUGACUACAGCUUGGAAGCCAUCAAUGACCAUCGGAUGUAUCAGUCACGAAUGCUGACGGUUGUCGACCGGAACAUCCGUGAGGUGGAUCGCCUAGACCUAUUCGCGGAAAGAGCUUCUCGAGCGAUCCAGCAGCUGUUGGACUUGAAAAACAAGCAGGCAAAUCUCAAGCUGACACAAGGGACCGACAAGCAGGGGAAGACGGUCCUAUACUUCACCGUGGCAACUAUUAUCUUUCUUCCAUUGUCAUUCAUGUCUUCAUUUCUGACUAUCGAGGUCAAACAAUUCCCCCGUGGGGAUGAUGGCAAGCUUUCAAUUGAUUUUGUGCUCCAGGUUAUUUUUGCGGUUUCUGUCAUCCUCAUCGUCCCAUCAGUCCUUGUGGCAUUCAACCUUGACCACGAGUCGCGAGCGAAGCGCAGGGCGUCCGUGAGGGCGUUUUGGCGCCGGUAUAUCGUUCGACCCGUCGAUCAUGGAAGUAAUCCAACGGCGCGAUCAAAUCAGGGAGCGGCCGUGCAAGCCACCCCGAACGAUGACAACGGCAGCGCGCCCGAGCAGAAGCCGGGCCAGGAAGCGGCGGUGAAGGAGGAGGCCAUUCCAAAUAAUGAGGGCAGCACCGUAAAGGCACGGAGAAAGUGGAUACAGGGACCGAAGACGUGGUGGAUCGACCGGCAAGCGAGGCCGAAACAACCCGAUGCUGAAAGUGGUGAGGGUGUUGGGGGGAAGGACCCUGUUUGAUGGUUCGGGAGGCACUCUCAGGUCGGGUGCCGAGCGUAUUUGGUUGGCAGCGCAAGGGAGAUGAGGCUC